UGUCUGGACGAAGUGGUUACAUUAGCCAAACAGGGUGAAGAGAUGAGUGUUAAGGUGAAUUUGAAAGGGUUGCCUUCCCGCAUUCUUGAUGUUGUCCUCAAACCAGAGACCAUUCAGAUUGACAGGUCCUUCCCCAAAUUCAAUGUGGCUCCUUGGGACUCUACUCCUAUUGGAGAGGCUGUGAUGCUCCACCUUUCAUAUUACAGAAACCCCAGACUUCACCUCUCAGAGAAAGCAUUGCGCUUAGCUUACCGCCAUGCAAGACAGAACAACAAACCCCAGUUCACCUGCUUCUUGCUUGGGACAUUCAACGUGGACAGCAGCGAUGAAGGUGUGACCCUUUCUCUGGAUCGUCUGGACCCUGGCAGGGAGAAGCCAGGCUCGGGAGGAAGGGUGCCCAGCUCCUUUCUGCCCGGUGACGUGGUGGUGCCCUGUUUAUUUGAGGCUCGGCAUGGCAGCUCCUUCACCAACACUGUUCCUGCAAACUAUGUGGAUGACCUCAGUGCGUCUUUUAAGAUACUUCAGCAAAACUGUAGCAGCAAAGAGACUGUGGAUCUCUCUCAGCUGCUCCUGCUGCGCGGGUGGCUCCGCUGCGUGGAGAACACCGACAGCCUCAGCUUCAGUCUGCACUGGGCCGCCACCACCACAGCCACCGCGCUGCAGGCCACGCCCGUCAGAGCCAUCCCCAUCAUUCCCACCGCUCUCGCCCGCAACCUCAGCUCCCCCAGCAGCCUGGCACAGCCCCUACACACACUGAGCCAGAAGAGAGGAUUUCUGACCAUGGACCAAACCCGCAAGCUGCUGCUCAUUCUGGAGUCCGAUCCCAAGGUCUACACCCUCCCACUGGUUGGAGUAUGGUUGUGUGGAGUCACACACAUCCACAGUCCUCAGGUGUGGGCGUGGUGCCUUCGGUUCCUCUACAGCUCGUCCCUUCAGGAAAGGGUACUGACUGAGGAAGGGGCCUUUCUGGUGGUGCUGUACUCCUUAACCCACAGAAAGCCAGAGUUCUACCAGUGCCAGCCAACCGGCAGCAAGAACCCCAAUCUGGACAUGCUGCUGCUUACGAGUACAGAGUCCCUCACGCUCUACAAGCAUGUGGAGCCCAAUGAGAAGAAGCCCUUGUCCUUUGAGCUCCAGGCUGGAGGUGAACCCCAGGACACCCAGCUCUAUAAAGAAGUGAUGUCUCGCACGGCCUCCAGCAGGCGCCUCAGUGGAACGACAAUGGCGGCCACUCCUCAAAACAGGCCAUCAUUUGACCAUGACUCAGGGAUGGAGGAGGAUCUUUCUCCCAGACCAUCCCCAAACCCCCACCCAGCUGGGGAACAGGUGAGACAGAUGCGGCCCACGGUACCAGAGCUGUCUUUGGUGAUGGAUGGCAGCUUUGUGGCUCCUGAUGCCACGCCCCACCUCCCCUCCCUUCCCACCCUACAGCACAAGGAGAACGCUGGGUCCCCCAGAACCCAGACAGGGCUCAACGCCCGCGGGCAGAACCGGCGCAGUGCUUCCCCCCCAGUUAACAGAACUGUCACCACAACCAUGUCAAGUAAAGGUCAUGAAGGGUCAACUGGAUGUUCACCACCAUCAGCGUUGUCUUCGGUGUCCUCACCACCUAAGACGGGUGGUUUGCCCGGUGGCUCUUUUGAGCCGUUUAGGCAGCAGCACCCUGUGGUACACCUGCAGUCACCCUGCAGUAGAUUCUCUGGCACUACCUCAACUCCUCUUCUGCCACAGUUGUGCACGUUCCCCAGCACCCCCCUGAAGUCUGUCAGUAAGCCUUGUAGCUGCCGCCACCACGACACUGAAUUUUCUCCGUCUUACCAGCCCCAGCCCCAGCCCUGGUCAGAGACACCCCUACCCUCAGGCCUGUUGCAUCAGAUGACGCCUACUAACCCAGUCAAAGCUUCCUAUGCUACAGAAUCGACUCCUCUCAGGAACUGUUGCCGGUCACCACCUCAGCAGACUCCCCCUCAGGGUCCCAUGUAUGGUUCACCUACACAUCUGGGCUGUUUGCAGCAUAGUGCACACAGUAACAGCCACCAGAGCCAUCCAGUGCAACCUGAGAGCCAGAGCCAGGGUGGCCAGAGCCAGGGUGGCCAGAGCCAGGGUGGCCAGAGCCAGGGUGGCCGCCUGGCUUUUCCUGAUAACGGUCAGGUGAACAUGCUCCCAGUUGAUGCCUAUAGAAUACUUAUGGAUCAGGACCGGCAGCUGAAACUUCUGCAAGCGCAGAUUCAGAAACUUCUGGAAGCUCAAAGCCAGAGAGCAGCCUCUUCUCAGCCAUCUGACGACCCCUCGCACCAGUCAGGAGAGAAGCGUGACGACCGGAGCACCACUCAAACACCGACCUCCCCCGACCCCAGGAAGAAGAACAGUGUCAGCAUCGCCAUAGGAACAGGGGCAAGUCUGUUCUGUAACAGUACUGAGAACGAGUGGUGGAGGGAUGGCACGCCAGGAGCUCUCAGCAGUAGCUCGGACAGCCAUUCCAGACAGUCCAGCCCCAUGGUCAGAAGUGGAACCGACACAAACCGGAUUAAGGACCCCGAGGAAGAGACUAGGGACCACGAUCAGAACCGCAGGACAUCACAACACAUGAGCCCGGGUGCAUCCCAUUCUCCUCAGAGCCUGAUGCUUGGAGACAGUGCCAGCAUGUGUGGCCAGUUCCAGUCUCCUAACACAGAUGAGUCGCGCAGCAAAGGUGUCGCUGCUGAUCAAAGGUUCUUUCAAGAUUUACUGGGUCAAGUAAACAGUCGUCUUCAGGACACCCUGAAAGGAGAGGCAAGCAGUUCCAAAUGUGAAGACAGGACGGCACCCUCCAGACAGACGGCCAGUCCCCUAUCUGCGGUCUCAAUCCAGGCCAGAGAGGCCUCUUCUCCCAGCUCUCUGUCUCCAGCACCUUCUGUGAAGGCCUUGUCUCAAUCCCAGACCUCCCAUCAGGAGGACCAGGUGUACAGUGCAACUGUGAAACAUCUAGAGAAGUUGGGGGUCAAUUUUGCCUCCAAAGACAAAGCCAUGUGCACGAACAUCAGCAGCAGCACCCUCGCAGGGAUCAACCCUGACGCAGUGGUCCCCAGACUGGCCGUGUGUGACCUCGUGGGCGCCAGCAUGUGGACCCCAGGGUGCAGUGCUGACCUGAGCCUGGAGGCGAACUCCAUCGCCCUGAAGUACCUGAGCGACGCCCAGCUGUCUCACCUCUCGCUGAGAAGAGAAGCCAGGCGGACCUCCAAUGCCAAUCAACCUUCUCUGGGUUUCUUGAGUAAGGCCUUAGCUGAGAGGACUGGCCCAGGUCUUAGCAUGCUGUCUCCUACUAAUAUGUCCUUAGCCACACACAAAUACAUGAAGCGCUAUGGGCUGAUCGAGGGGGGUGACGGCGAGGAAGAGGACGAGGAGGACCAACAGGAGCAUCGUGACUCUGUGUUGGGCUGCUCUUCACACAUGGAGGGCUCAGGAUACAGUGACGGUGUCCAGAGAGUCUUGAACAUCACUAAUGCGCCGUCUUACCAGUCAGCACCUCACAACUCCCCCCACCUCGAGGAGAAUCAAGGACGUAUUUUACGAGACGUCCACCCCGCUGUGCAGGUGCUUCUGCACAGUCGUGAGCACACUCGGAAGCCCCCCUCUGCUCUGGAGAACCAGCCUCAUCUGGGCUCCAUGGACACACAGGGUUCUGUCGGGAAUUUCCUCGACCUUAGCAGAUUGAGGCAGCUCCCCAAACUAUUUUAAAGCCAAGGAAACGAUUUCUUUUAAAUGUGACAUGAAACAGCA